UGAACCCCGGGUGGUGGACAUAUAUGGAUAUUUAUAGGUUAAACAAAGAAAAUCGUCUAGAACAUCACCAAGACAAUCCCGGAAAUAACAGACGUACCCUCAGCCGGUCACGUAGGCUACGUUACUGGAAGCUUUGCGUUACUGAUAGAAACAUUUCAAGCUUCUGAAUACCAGAAAACAUUUCAAUAGAAGACAAAUGUGAAACCAUUUAAAGAAAAAUCAUGAACGAAAGAAAAACGGUGGCAAUCAGACUUUUUAAUAUGAAACUUUCCAAAGCUGUGGCACCGCUCCUCUCGCAGCCUCGGCAGUUGUGCUGCACUCUCGCUCUCGCACGGUGGCUCCCGUAAAAAAUGAGGCGAGGACGUGGGCUACGUGCGCAUCUAGCACUAGACGAGAUGAAAUGGAGAGCUUGGAACACACGGACCUUUUAAAUCCAAGCUCUUCCCACGGACACAACAGUUUUCCAGCCUCCGGUGAGAGAGUGACAAACGGUGAACACAUAUUUGGAGCUGCCGAGUUUCAACCUUUCCAAACCAACAUGGGACUUAAUGGACUAAACGGCUACUGCCAGGGCAUAGCGCCGGUUGGGAGCGCCACGGCCGCGGAAUUACUGUCUGGUCUGGCUUCAAAAACAAGUUCUUCCAGCAUCACGGUUUUAAAGAAACAGUCGAAUACUGGGCUGCCGUUCUAUAAUGGUGGGAUUGUGUCUCCGUCCGCAACCAUUGAGGGCAGCCACAGUGGGGUUUUGGCGCAAAGUCCCAACGGUUACCCUCCGCAAGUGAAAGGGGUGGGGGAGACAUCCAAUGGCCUUGCGCAACCCCUCGGCAGCAGAGCACGCCUCGUGGAGAAUGGGGACAGAACACAACAUGAGAAAUGCAUUCUUCUGUUGAAGAGGCCCAAUGGUGACCCGCAGGUCAAACAGCUGCACCAUCGGAAGCGGAGAGGUGAGGAGAACCGGGACAUGGGUUCUGAGACGCCCAAAGGUUGUGCCUUGUCAGUGGGUUCAGGUUUAGGUACUCUAGGUAUGAUGGCCUAUGGACCAGGUGAGUCGAUAACCCCGGACUGCAAACGGAGACGAGUGGCGGAGAGCGAAGUUCACAAAGCGGAGCCCUCCAAACCCGGUAAGGCUGUCCUCCCGCUUGCUGCCAACGGCGACAACAGCAUCAACAAUAACCAUAGCAACCACAACCACUGCGCCACCCCUCACCCCUCUUUGCCCGCCCCUCACAACAACAAGCUGCACCACAAUGUACACAAGGUGACGCUGCUGGGCCCCGGAGUUGUUCCAGGCCAGAUGUCCCCGGUGGAGGCCAACAGCAUCCGGUCUCUACCGUUACCGGCCGGGGCGGGCUGGUCGGCGGAGAGUAUCGCCCAGCAGUACAUUGUGCCCUGUCUGACUUCCUAUGGUAUCUGUGUGAAGGACGGUUUCCUGGGGCCACGGCUGGGUGAGUCGGUGCUGGGCGAGGUGGAGAGUCUGAACCGCAGCGGGAAGUUCCGGGGGGGUCAGCUGGUCAGCCAGAGGAGCAUCCCCUCACGGAAUAUCCGUGGAGACCAGAUCGCCUGGGUGGAGGGGCACGAGCCGGGGUGCGAGGGCAUUGCCAUGCUGAUGGCACACAUCGACGAGGCCGUGAUGCACAGCGCUGCCAACGGGCAGCUGGGGGACUGUGUCAUCAAUGGACGCACCAAGGCUAUGGUGGCCUGUUACCCAGGUAACGGCACAGGGUACAUCCGUCACGUGGACAACCCUAACGGUGACGGCCGCUGCAUCACCUGCAUUUACUAUCUCAACAAGAACUGGGAUGUCAAGGUUCAAGGAGGUCUGCUGCAGAUCUAUCCAGAGGGGAAGAGUGUGGUGGCCAACAUAGAACCGCUGUUUGACCGUCUGCUCAUCUUCUGGUCUGACCGCAGGAACCCACAUGAGGUUAAGCCAGCCUACGCUACACGCUAUGCCAUCACUGUCUGGUACUUUGAUGCCAAGGAGCGGGCCGAAGCCAGAGAGAAGUACAGAUUGGCAACCGGACAGAAAGGUGUUCAAGUGCCCGUCACUCAGAACAACAAAACCUAAAUCUUGUUCAAUCCCGCCCCAGUGGUUUUUGGAUGUGUAUGUGCCUACCUGGCCUGCUUUUGGAAAUCUUAUUCUGACACUGUUAACUAUCAGUUAACUAUCACUGUUCCUGCCAGUCAUCUGAAACAGCUCUUUAUUGGUUGAGAGGAGAUACGGCAGCAUCUGAUUGGGCGGUUGAGGGAAAGAGGGCGGAGAUAGAACACAGUGGACUCAGUUGGUGAAUGGAGCGAGGCAGGGUCAGACUGACUCAGGUGGCAUUAGGGCCAAAGAGGAUGAAGAUGACUAUUAAAAAGACAACAAACAGAAUGGACAGACUCUUGAUUUUGCCUUAUCAAUAAUCAGUGCUAUUAUAAUCAGAAAUAAAUCUUCUUUGCUCUCGCAAAAUUUUCAGCUCAGUCAAAAGAUAAGGGGUAACAUACAAUAGAUGUUUCUCCAAUCAGAAAGCAGGCCUAAGGAGACAGGAGCACCAUCUGCGGGGUCGGAGGAAUACGAUUGCAUCUGGUUUUCAGGGGAAACUGAAAAAGAGCCUGGGAGUUGUCUUCUGCUUUUGGACAUUAACAAGACGAUACUCCAUCUUAACUCCACCUCCACAUUUACUAGAUUGGUUCAACAGUGCAGAAGAGAGCCUCCCCCAUGUAGUUCUCUCCUCUCAUCAGGUUAAGACAGUUAGGGAAUUGUGAUGGGAGGUCCUGAUAUUCACACGCAUCGUGACACAUCCAGCGUGUUGCCUCAGCUACACCCAGCCAUCAGUAAACAACACACCGUUAAAGAGGAAGUGACCUCACAGGAAAUGGUCCUUGACAUAUCAUAGAGUAGUGUGGCAUUCAGCUCUCCCAGCAUUCAUGUUGUUGGAGACCCUGUUAGGGUAGCCACCUGCCACCAGUAUACAGAGAAGACUGAAGACUCUCUUUAUCGCAGAGAAACAUGAAGACUCUUUAACUCAACUUUUAACUCAACUAGUCAACAGAAGAAAAGUGCUUUCACAGCCUCAUCGAUAAUGUUUGUUCAUGUGACAGUCAGUGAGAAAGGAGUGUGUCAUGUCAGAAAGCAAUGUAACAAUUCCAAGAGCGUGUUUUUGUUUGUGAACGUUUUUGAAGACGACACCGACACUAAGGUGAGUCGAAGGCAGGUCGAAACAGGGUUUGCUGAAUGUUAUAGGGUGUAGGUGUGUGUGGGUGUGUGUGUGAGAAAAUGUACUGUACAAGCAACCCUGUUGCUAGUACCUUGGUGGUCCCAAUUGCACCUGUAAGACCUACUCCUCCCUAUACGGAGACUAGAGGCUACAUCAGCACUAUCAUCACCUACAGUGCAUUCUGGUCAACUCAAACAUACCUAAGCCAAACCCUCAGUCAACCUUGUUAUACUGCACAGAAGCAAAUGUUAAUGCACAGAAGGGUCUGUGUGAAACUACUGCAGUGUCUCUCUGUUUGUCUUACUAUACUUGUGGGGACUAGAAGUCUCCACAAGAAUAGUAAAUAAACAAAAAUUUGACUAUGGACAUUUUGUUUGUCCCCACAAGGAAAAAGUAUAUUUCUAUGGGGUGUAGGGUUAAGGAAAAUAUGAUUUUGAUUGGGAAUCUAUUGUGCCCCCCCACAAGGUUAGUUAAAUGUGUGUGUGCGCACACCCUGGCCUUGAAUGGGGGUGGGGAUGCGCUUGACUGUGAUUGUGUGUGAGAUAGACUGGGUAAGAGAGAAGUAAAAAUAUGACUUCAGAAAUGCUAUCUCUGAAUGAUCAGUGUAAAUUUAGAAACUGCUUUUAUGCUGUGGAUAAUAUGGUUGAGAUGCAAUAGUGACUAAAACAAUGAGAACAAAAAAUGUUGCCUCCAGUUUUUUUCAGACAUUUUGCACUAUUGAAUUAAAACGUGUUUUUGUACAAGAA